GGGGCGGGGCUGAGUGGGACGGGGCGCGCUGCUCGCAGCCCUCCGCCGGUCCUUCCGCGCCGGCCUACGUGUCCUGGAUCACCGGCAGGAGGCGGGGAAGGCCCCGCUUAGCGUAGCCUGUGGGGCGGUGCCUUGAUCUCUGCUGCUCGGGCCCUGCCUGCUCUUCACGGUGCGGGUACUGAAGCAGGGUCGUCCGGUGGGCCUAGGGCGGGACGUAGGGCGAGCCGAGCAAGUCUGACCCUGGAGCCUCGUCGAGAGCGGUGUCGUACGGAGGAUAUCAUCGCGUUUAAAAUGGAGGUUGACAUAAAUAGAGAGUCCAGAGCUACCCUAUCCACCCUGCCUGUGCCUCUUGCAGAGGUGAAUCCUACAGGCAGGAUGGAAGCAGAGAAGCCCCGAUGUUCCAGCACACCCUGCUCACCAAUGCGGCGGACAAUUGCAGGAUAUCAAAUCCUUCACAUGGAUUCCAAUUACCUGGUUGGCUUCACAACUGGAGAGGAGCUGCUAAAAUUAGCUCAGAAGUGUACAGGAAGUGAAGAGAAUAAAGGGGAAUCUGAGACAAACUUACGCUCCAAACAACUUGAUUCAGGACUUCCACGCUCCUCACGUUUGUACAAAACUAGAAGUAGAUACUACCAGCCAUAUGAGAUCCCAGCAGUAAAUGGGAGGAGAAGGAGGCGAAUGCCCAGCUCAGGGGAUAAAUGCACUAAGGCUUUACCACAUGAACCUUACAAGGCACUUCAUGGUCCCUUACCUCUUUGCCUUUUAAAAGGUAAAAGGGCUCAUUCAAAAUCCCUGGACUACCUCAAUUUAGACAAAAUGAGCAUUAAGGAACCUGCUGACACAGAAGUGCUACAGUACCAGCUCCAGCAUCUUACCCUCAGAGGAGACCGUAUGUUUGCAAGAAAUAACACAUGAGCUGUCAUCUCAAAUUUAGAACCAAUUUCAGAUUGCUUCUCUGCUGCUGCAAAAAUAAACUCUUGUACUGUACGUGACUGCCUGGAUCUUAGGUUGUUGUAUCAGAUAAAUGUCACAAGAAAGUAAUUUACUUGAACAGAAUCUUGGCAAUGCAAUGAGUCAAAUACUUGGAGGGAAGUCUUCCCAGAGCAAGCAGCUUCUGAUGCAAAUUGGACUGCAACUGGUGCAUAUUUUUUUUGGACACCCUUUAACAAAAAAACGUGAUAUUGGGGAUUUUUGUACAGUUAGAUCUAGUAUUUACAGUAAUUUAACACUGAAAAAUCAGUGAUGUCUGCUUGGUUGUUGCUAAUUUUGGCUUGGUGUUAGAAACUGCUCUUGGAUAAGUACUGAAGUUUAGGAGGCUUUUUGUUUUUACUUUUUAUUCCUGUAUCUGCAGUAGUAUGUAUGUAUUACUGUUUUACAUCAUGGAGAGGAAAGCUAGCUUAGCUAAAUUGGGUCAUUUGCUGUUUAAACAAUCCAGUUCAGACACUUGUAAACUGCACUUGCACUGAUAAUGAAGGUGAGAUUCAGCCAUAGAACAAACCUUUGCUGCUUGAAUCUUAUUAACUUUUUGAGUUUCUUUCUGCAUGGAAGUAAUUACUUUGCCUCCUCUAUUCUAUAAAAUUUGUUCCUGAUGUAUAUUUGGGCUAUAAACCCCAAAUUUUGGGACAAGUUUUUGUUUAUAGGAGAUUCUAAGGCUUCAUUCUGGAGGAUUUUGUUAGUAGGAUUUACAUUAUCUUUGCACAAAACCAAAUAUUCACUGCAGGUUCCAGUAAAUGCGUUGAAAAAAUCAGUAAUGUUUAAUUCAGAAUUUCUUUAUUGUGUAAUAAUGGAAGGUGCAAAAAAUAAUGUAAGUAUUGAUUUGCAAAUUCAUUUGAUUUGAAGCACUGUUUCAGGCCUUCAGGGCUGCUUUUUUGCCCUUUAAUAAAAUUUUCUGAUGGAGUGCAAGUGCAGUAUUUUUGUAUCUGCAUGGAAGAGGUGAUCUUGGAUUAUUAAGCAGAGUAGACUGAAUACACUGGCUUUUAUUACUUUUUUUUUUUUUUUAAUCUGAAACAUGACAACUGCAGUUUUGACAGCAGUAUUCCUAGAUGACUUACUAAAGUGUUUUAAAUACAAGUUUUAAAAUGCAAAAUAGUUUUCAGGCUCUUUCUAGGUGCACUUUUCUGCUGAAGCAGUGUGCAGCUUGUUUUUGAAUGAUGAUGUCUGCAGAAGUUACAAAUAGAAUCACAUUGUUUUGAAAAAAAAGUAUUGGAUCAUUUCUUUCUGAUAGAAUUAAGAUUUUGUUUCUUUCUCUGUCACAGGGGAUGAAUGGGAAAACUGGGAGCUCUUACUCUGUCACACCACAGCUGUAAAGAAAGCAGCCCGGUUUGUGUUUUUUUCUGGUUUGGUCAUUUAGUUUUUACAAUCCUUGCAACAAACUGAUGUGUAUUUUGAAAGUUAAUUUCACCUGUAUAAAUUUAAUGUAUUGAAUAAUGAUCUUGAAAGUAAAAUCUUCCUAGAUAGUUUUUAGUUUGAAGACCAGAGUAUGUUCAGAUGCCAAAGAGAGUGGGGUUUAAGGAGUAAACACCACCAUUUAUUGAAAUAUGCUAUGAAACUGUAUUUCUGGCUGAAAAAUAAAUAAGAGUGGUAUAAAUAUC